AUGCUCGAACCAGAUCCUAAGAAGAGGUUGACGGCUCAGCAAGUUCUUGAUCAUACAUGGCUGCAGAAUGCAAGUAAAGCUCCCAAUGUUAAUCUAGGUGAAACCGUACGAGCAAGACUUCAGCAAUUCUCUGGGAUGAACAAACUUAAAAAGAAAGCUCUACGGGUUGUGGCUGAAUACCUCUCUGUCGAGGAAGUUGCAGACAUAAAGGAAAUGUUUGACAAGAUGGACAUUAAUCAAGAUGGGAAACUAUGCUUUGAGGAGCUGAAACUCGGUUUGCAUAAGCUCGGUCACCAGAUUUCAGAUUCAGACAUUCAGAUAUUAAUGGAAGCAGCUGAUGUCAAUGGAAGCGGUACCUUAGAAUACGGAGAAUUUGUUGCUAUCUCAAUCCACUUGAGCAAGAUUGGAAACGAUGAACACCUGCACAGAGCCUUCUCAUACUUCGAUCUGAACAAGAGUGGAUACAUAGAAAUUGAAGAACUCAGUGAUUCCUUAGCUGACGACUUGGGUCCAAACCGAGAAGAAGUUAUUAAUGCAAUCAUCCAUGAUGUCGACACAGAUAAGGUCAGAAAUUUAAGUCUUCUGUCCAUGAACCAUUCAUCUUCUUUAUACUUUUGUCUGCGGACAUCAAUAGUUUACGAAAAUAUGGCUGCAUUUGCAAUUAUGACAACAUCAGCUGACAAUGGACGUCUUUCAUCACAGGAUGAUCACGCAUCGCGACUGCGAGAUCGACACUCCUCCGAGGCCUUCCCAGCGACGUACCUCCGCUUCCUCCGCCUCGGCCGAUUCCUUCCGAGGAACAGUCACGGCCGCAAAAGAAGACUCGCCGCCUCCUCUCUGAUCUCGUGCCUCCUCUGCCGCAAGUUCUUUGUAGCCAUCCAGCGUGUAGGGAGCGACGACUGCUUCCUCUGA